UUGCUGUUUUCGCCUUUUCUGUCUCUCUCUCUCUCUCUCUCUUUAUUUCAGUUCGAAUUCGGUAAUUGCCUCACAUUGCUCGAGCGAUCAUCGCUCGGCUGCCUAGUAAUCUCCGCUCCGUUUCUAUGGGCACUCUCUCGCACGCGAUCAGCCCCAAACUCGCUCUCCCGCGCCGCGAUUCUCAGCGCUCUUAUCAUGGACUUCCGCGCUUGAAUUCUCGUCCCCUGAGAUGGAAUGCCAACAGAGCCGCCAAGAAGAUCCGCAUGUCUGCGGGGACCUCGAAGCGGAGCCCCCCAAUCGAUUUCAGCAAUCCCGACUGGAAAUCCAAGUUCCAGGAGGACUUCGAGACGCGCUUCAACAUCCCUCACAUCACUGACAUCUUCCACGACGCCGUUCCGAUUCCCUCCACUUUUUGCCUCAAAAUGAGGACACCGGUAACAGAGGACUUUGCGGGAGGGUACCCAUCGGACGAGGAGUGGCAUGGUUACAUAAAUAAAAACGACAGGGUGCUUCUUAAGGUCAUACACUACUCGUCACCUACAUCUGCUGGUGCCGAGUGCAUUGAUCCUGACUGUAGUUGGGUGGAACAAUGGGUUCAUCGUGCUGGACCACGGGAGAAAAUAUACUUCAGGCCAGAAGAAGUGAAAGCAGCAAUUGUAACUUGUGGAGGGCUCUGCCCUGGUCUCAAUGAUGUCAUCAGACAGAUUGUCAUCACACUCGAAAUAUAUGGUGUGAAAAAGAUUGUAGGUAUUCCCUUUGGUUACCGUGGAUUUUCUGACAAAGAAUUAACUGAAAUGCCGUUAUCAAGAAAAGUGGUUCAGAAUGUCCAUCUUUCUGGUGGAAGCUUGUUAGGAGUUUCACGUGGAGGACCUGGAAUUAGUGAAAUCGUGGACAGUUUGGAGGAAAGAGGAAUAAACAUGCUAUUUGUGUUGGGUGGGAAUGGCACACAUGCUGGGGCAAAUGCAAUACACAAUGAGUGUCGUAAACGCCGGAUGAGGGUGGCUGUAGUUGGUGUGCCAAAAACUAUAGACAACGAUAUUUUGCUGAUGGAUAAAACUUUUGGUUUUGAUACUGCUGUUGAAGAGGCACAAAGAGCAAUAAAUUCCGCAUACAUAGAGGCGCACAGUGCUUAUCAUGGUGUUGGCAUUGUGAAAUUGAUGGGCCGUAGCAGUGGAUAUAUAGCUAUGCAUGCAUCCCUAGCUAGUGGACAAAUUGACAUAUGUUUGAUUCCUGAGGUAUCUUUUAAUUUACACGGGCCUCAUGGUGUUUUGAGUCAUCUGAAAUACCUGAUUGAGACAAAGGGUUCGGCUGUUAUAUGUGUCGCAGAGGGAGCAGGGCAGAAUUUUCUUCAAAAAACUAAUGCUAAGGAUGCGUCUGGGAACAUUGUAUUUGGAGAUUUCGGUGUCCACAUUCAACAAGAGAUAAGAAAAUGUUUUAAGGAGAUUGGUGUUCCAGUUGAUGUGAAGUAUAUUGAUCCUACGUACAUGAUCCGUGCCUGCCGUGCAAAUGCAUCAGAUGGAAUUCUAUGCACUGUACUAGGGCAAAAUGCUGUUCAUGGCGCAUUUGCUGGAUAUAGUGGUAUUACAGUAGGCAUAUGCAACACUCACUAUGUCUACCUUCCAAUUCCUGAAGUCAUUUCCUAUCCCAGGCUGGUGGACCCCAACAGUAGAAUGUGGCAUCGUUGCUUGACUUCAACAGGCCAGCCUGACUUUAUCUGAUAAACACUAGCUCUUCUUAGUUAAGCUAUAAGAGAAUUUUACAAAUAGAAGCUCCCACAGAGUAGAAUCUAGGACAGAUAGCCUGCUUCAGAAGGUUUAUUAAUAGUCUGCUCAAAGCAUGGUGUAGAAGAAAUAAUAAUACUAAAGGAUGGCCUUUCCUCCACCAUUGAAUAUUUUUUAGUGUAUAGCAUUUCUGCUCUUAGAUUUCUUUCACAAUAAAGUCCCAGAGGCACCACCAAGCAUAAUUUUAAUGUUUUGUACUACAUUUGUUGUAACUAUGAAAUAUGUUGGCCAUAGUUAAAGCCGAUACGAAACUAGAUCAACUGUAAUGAUCUUUUGCAUAUGAAAUUCACCUGCAAUUUUUGGGUAUGUUCA